UCCAAUUAAUAAACCUCUUAAAGCCUCUGGUUUUACUACCAUUCCCCCCCGACAGCUUUUUGGUGUCUCGUGUGGUUAAGGAGAGUUUUGUCAGGAAAGAAAGACGUUACUUGUUGCUGCUGCUAUUGCUGCUGCAUGGAUCACAAGCAUUAGGUCCUUCGUGCAAUUGUUUGCAGGGGAUUUGAAGGACUUAACUGGGAGUAACAAGUGCAUACAGAAGAUAUUGUUGGUGUACUUAUGGCCUACAACAUGGACACUAUGUGGGAGGUAAAGUGAAACCUAAAGAGCAAGAUGAAAGUUAGUUCUGCUGCUUUCAUCGUUGAAGUAAUCUUUGGAGCACCUUAYUCUUGGCGUUGUCUGCUUUCCUGCACAUGAACUAGAACAAGAGCGUUCGACAACAGCCAGAAGCCGUUUGCUGUUUUUAACCAAGAAUASUGAAGGAGAUCCGAAAGGCUCGGAUGCAUUUAUCAAUGGAUACCCUUGGGAUAGUGGACGAUAGUGGACACGGAAUAGUGGACAACUAUGACAUGGGGAAAGGCGCCGGGUCGAGCGCUGGAGGUCGGGUCCACAGCAUCGAUGUCAUUCUGGGAUUCACUAAAGACCAGGAGACUUUGCUCCAUUCGGUGGGAGGCGGGGACAGUCCGAAAGACUCGAGAGCAAACGCACAGGAUCCUGAAAAGACGGACCCAUACGGGCAUCUACCAGAACUGGGUGACGGCUCCCAGCAUGCUGCCUACCAUGAGUCUGACCUUUUCUCCAACGAUAAGUGUGACGAAGAAAUAGACAACCUGCACAAGGAGGUGGACGUUGCUGAAGACUCUCCAGAUGGAACUAAAGAGGAAGAGCACACUAAAAAGAAGCACAGAAGAAAUCGAACCACCUUYACUACUUACCAGCUUCAUGAGCUGGAGCGAGCCUUCGAAAAGUCCCACUACCCGGACGUCUACAGUCGGGAGGAACUGGCAAUGAAAGUCAACCUGCCUGAGGUUCGCGUUCAGGUGUGGUUCCAGAACCGAAGAGCAAAGUGGAGACGGCAAGAAAAGAUGGACACCAGCACCAUGAAGCUCCACGACUCCCCAAUGUUAUCCUUCAAUCGGCCCCCCAUGCCUCCCAACGUCGGCCCGGUGGCCAACCCGAUGCCACUCGACCCCUGGCUGAGCUCGCCUAUUUCCAGUGCCACGCCCAUGCACACCAUCCCAGGGUUCAUGGGGUCGCCUCAGGCCCUGCAGCCCACCUAUUCCAGCCACAGCUUCCUCAACAGCCCACCUGGCAUGGUCCAAGGCAUGCAGCCCAUGGGCCCACCUCCGUAUCAGUGUCCACCAAGCUUCAACGAUAAGUACCCGAUGGAGGACGACAGGAGCUCCAGCAUCGCYGCGCUUAGGAUGAAGGCUAAAGAGCACAUUCAGUCAAUGGAUAAAACUUGGCAGCACAUGUGAUUUUGCUGCCUAAUGUGAAUGGAUCUCUCUCCUUUGAAUGUUUACAGACUGCUUUUUGAUUCACAAACCAUUGACGGUGAUGUGUGGAACCAAAGAUAUAAAGAACUAACUCUUUAAAAAKGAACUUCUCAAUGUCUUCUUCGAAUAUGACUAAUUCUUAGGAGACUGGUAAAACUUUGGUUUUGCUCCUCCCAAUGUUUAGGCAUAGAUUCCCAAAUUAGACACUUUUUGUCCUGGUAUAAAUGUGCACGUCUUUAUUUUAGACUGUAUUUGCAUCCAGAUAUAUGAACAGAAAGGCUGGUUAAAGCCAUUUUGUCAGAGGUAGCUAUGUUUGUUAAUGGAUUUUAUUGACAGAUGUGAACAAAUUUAUAUAUGUUUGAUGUCUUAACUACGUGGUGUUCUGAUUUUGUUUUGGUGUUUGUUCAAAACAUAAGUUUAUAGGUCUUUCUACAGCUGCCUGUGAAGAUUUUGCAAGAAACCCUGAUAUGAAAAUGUCUUCUUGAGGACUAGCGGCCAAUAAAUUCUGCUUUGGAGGUUUUGUACAGCUGUAAAGUUCUCACUGUUUUUGAAUGAUGUAAUAUUUUUUGUUUCUCUAGGCUUUACGGGAUUAAAAACAUCUUGUUUUUUUU